UUCGUUGUUACUUGUUUUAUUGUAACAGAGAAACAAAAAAGGUUCUCAAGUCUCAACUCUUAUCCUAUUUUGAGCUGCUUAACCGUCGCAAAAAUCCAGUUACAUCUCCUAAACCAUUAUGGUCAUUAUGAUUUAUAAAUGAAGAAGUUCCUCUCAAUCACUCCUUAUCUUCACUCACUCGCAUCCAUCAAAGAACUCAUAGCACAAAAUCUCCAUCUUCAGGCUCUGAAGCGGACCAUAUCCCUCUCCUCUCCUUCCCUUACUGACCAAAUUUACUCCCUUUUUAUUAAAUCUGGCCAUGUCCUUGACACCUACCUUGCCACCUCUCUUAUUACCCACUUCUCCAAUUCGAGCGACUUUUCCCGCUCUUUGGGCUUCCUUUUCGAUACUCAUAACCCUGACAUUGUUUCUUUCAAUGCUUUACUUUCUGGGUAUGCCAAAUUUAACCAAUCAACUCCUUCCUUUGCAUUGUGCAAUAUGCUAACAUAUUAUGACCUUAAACCAGAUAAAUACACUUUAACUUCACUGAUUAAAUCAUGUGAUAGUUUAGACAAAAUCAUGAUUGCCCAUGCAAUUUGUGUAAAAAUUGGGUUUAAUAUAAGCGGGUUUGUGGUUAGUGGGCUUAUUCACAAGUAUGCAAAAUGUGGACUUGUUGAGUACGCUGAAAAGUGUUUUGAGGAAUGCUUGGAUUUUGAUUGUUUUGUUUGGACUGCAAUGAUAAAUGGGUAUGUUUGGAAUAAUGAAUUUGAUAAGGGUAGAAUGGUUUUUAAGGGAAUGAGAGAGUUGGGGUUGGAAUUGAAUGAGUUUAGUUUAACUGUUGUUGCCGGUGCAUUGAGGGAGGUGAGAGAAGUUGAGCAGAUUCAUGGGUUUGCUUUUAAAAUUGGAUUGAUUUUUGGUCGUUCAAUUUAUUUGAGUAAUGUGAUUAUGAAUAUGUAUUCAAGGUGUGGGCAUAAGCUUGACGCACUUAAGGUGUUUGAUGAAAUUCCUAACCCAGAUGUUGUAUCAUGGACUGCUAGGAUAGGGAAUUCCUGUGACGGUGAUGAAGCCUUAGAGGUUUUUAUAAUUAUGAGGUUGAGUAAUGUCGAAGCAAAUGAGCUUACUUUGGUGAAUGUAUUAGCAGCUAUACAUGACCCUAGGUUGUUGACUGCUGGUAGACAAGUUCAUUCACUUUGUUACAAGGCUGGGUAUUUGGCUGUAAUAUCUGUUGGUAAUGCUCUUAUUACUAUGUAUGGGAAGUGCAGAGAGAUGGAUGAUGCCUUUCUUGUUUUUGAUGAAUUAGUUUUUCAUGAUUCUAUAUCUUGGAAUUCUUUGAUUGGAGGAUAUUCUGAAAAUGGAUCAUUGAGUGCACUUCUAAGUGUAUAUCAUCAAAUGAAUGAUAUUGGUGUAAAACCAGAUCAGUACACUGUUGCUAGUGUUCUUGGAGUGGUUACAGGACCUCAUUAUGCUGAUUUUGUGUUGCAAUUCCAUUCCUACAUUAUAAAGACUGGACUAAUAAAUGAUGAUUCAAUGACUUCUUGUUUGAUAUCUUCAUAUGGUAAAUGCUCUUGCUUGGACAAGGCGAAGAGAGUAUUUUCUACGACAAAAGAAAUUACUGUUGGGCAUCUCCAAGUGAUGGCAGCAGCUGCUGUUAGUGCAGGUUUCCCUGCUGAUGCCUUGGAGUGCUUCAUAUCUGGAAUGAACUCGUUGUAUGAAAUGGAUGGUGUUACUUUAAGUAUAAUUUUUAAAGCUUGUAGCGCGUUGACAAAUCUUGGACAAGGAAAGGUUAUUCAUUGUUUUGCUUUAAAAUCUGGAAUCGUAAGAGAUGAUUUUGUUGAAAGUGCAAUCGUCGAUUUCUAUUGCAAGUGCGGGAGCAUUUCUGAUGCCCAGAACAUAUUUAUCGAUGUAUCUAGACGGAAUGUGGCUGCAUGGAAUGCCAUGAUUAUGGGGUAUGCUCAGCAUGGUUGUUACAAUGAAGUCCUUUCUUUGUUUAAAAGGAUGGAAGAACUAAUUGUUAAGCCAGAUGAGAUAACAUAUCUUGGAAUUCUACAAUCCUGCUGUCAUGUUGGGCUUGUCAAUGAAGCUAAUGCACAUCUGAAUUCUAUGUUUGAGCUUCAUGGAUUAGUCCCCUGUCUAGAACACUAUGCUACUAUGAUCGACUUGCUAGGCCGAGUUGGACUUGUUAAAGAAGCAUGGCUCAUUAUUGAUAAAAUGCCUGUCAAUCCUGAUCCUCAAGUGUGGCAGAGUCUGCUGUCAGCCUGUCAUAAUUCUGGCAAUCUGGAAGUUGGAGAAGUUGCGGCAAAGGAACUUUUGAAGUUGCAGCCUGAAAAUGAUUCUGCUUUCAUUCUUCUGUCAAAUCUUUAUGCUCGAGCACAAAAUUGGGAUGCUGUGAGAAGGCUGAGAAGAGAAAUGAAAGAGAAACUUAUAUACAAAGAACCAGGUUAUAGUUGGACUGAAGUUGGAGGAUCUGUCCACCAAUUUCUGGCAGAAGACACUUUUCAUCCUGAUAAGGAAAGAAUCUACUUCUUUUUACAUAGUAUUGCACAGCAUAUGCUACCUCUAUCUGAAGGAACAGAAGAGUAUUUUUGUUUCUGUGGAUAGUUGGUGAUUUGUUGAGGAUUUUCUUUUUGUGUCAAUGAAAAUCCUUAAGAUGCAGAUUAUUAAUGACACUCAUUGGUUGUGACUUGUGAGACAUUGAUCUUGGAUUAAUUUACAACAAUUUCAAAGCCUUAUCCCGAUAAUAUUACAAGGAAUUUUUUUUCCUAUUCAGGUAUAUCAGAUCUAGUAGUGUUGUGAACCUGACAAUGUAAAGCUACUUUUAAGAGCAGUACAGGAGUAAUUCCAACUUUCAAACAUGGACAACAGAAGACAAAUGGAUUUUGGCCUCUCCAUUCGUUGAUGCAAGAACCAGAUCAUCCUAUAGUGAUGAUUUAGAUCACUUAGAGGGGUAAGCAGUAUCUUGCAUCGAUGAAGGCAUUGUUGACGAAGCAAGGGGGCUCACAUGCCAAGUGUUGAAAGUAAGAAAAUGCGAAGAAAAAAUGUUAUAGAGGCUUGCUCAAUCGAGUGUCAUGCUGCUCAAAUGCGUGCAUCAGACAGUGAGUUUUGGGAAGGACUGGUCGAUCAAGCUACCCUGUCAGACCUCAAUUUUUCUGUUUCCAUGUGCGAGUCUCUUUGGAGAUUCCUAUGUUAGGCUACUUUGACUUCUUCAACAUAUAAAGAAAGUCUUUAAGGGUCAGAAGAAGAAUGUGGAAGUGUGCAAGAAACAUCUUGGUUUGUUGAACCUGGUGCUGAUAAUCGUUGACUGAUUGUGAGGAGGCUUUGGAAAGAAUAUGAAGAAGGGAGUGGAAAGCAUUUGCUGCUAUGAUUGCCUUUAUGUGUCCUUUUCUUCCUUUUCUUCUAUCCUAUCGUGUUUAUGGAGGUCUGUACGUGGAAUAUGGUAUUACUUUUGGUGUUGCUUUUGAUUUUUGUCAUGAGGUACUUAUGUACAGAUAAUUUUGGGAUUAAUUUUUAUUUAAAAUCUUGAUGAUUGAUUUUGGAUGCAUCAGUUUUAUUUUAAAAGUCAAGAAAUUUCCUUGGUGUUUGUUAGGGAGCAUGUCAAAUUGUCAACCGAAACAUUUAGGUUUGCAACAAAUAUUUUUGUUUUGACACAAAUAUAAUUGAGAUGAUUUUGUGUAGGCAUUUCAUUUAGG